CUGCUAAAUGAAUGUAAUGUAAUCAUGAAGGGAUCAAAUGGCUCGUAGUGAUGAACCCAGGGAGAAUUAUCAACGCUGCAGUUCUCCUCAGCACACUUUUACCUUUUUUUUUUUCAUCUAAACUUUAUUUUGUCCCAUUGACAUUUAAAAUCUAUUUUCCAAGGAAGUCCUUGCCAAGACAGCAGCUAAAAAAAAUGUACACAAAAAAAGCCAAAAAUAACAGCCAAAAAGUACAAACAACAUAAUCAGGAAUCAUAAUCAAUAAUCAGGAAUACCCGUUUCUUCAACGCGACCACACACUGUUUCCCCGGAGCAACGGCUCACGACAUCCUGCUGAAACUGCCUGGCCUGCUGCACGCCCUCCCGUCUACCAUUCGGCGAAUUAUCGUUCAUGUGGGAAUCAACGAUACAGCCCUCCACCAGUCUGAGUUGACCAAGAUUGAUUUUAAAAAUCUUCUACACUUUUUAAACAGCUGUGGACUGUCUGCUUUUAUUAGUGGUCCAACUCCAACACUCGGCCGUGGAUCACAGCGGUUCAGCAGAGUCCUCAGCCUCCACACUUGGCUCCAGGCCGCCUGCAGGACCAACAACGUGAGCUUCAUUGACAAUUUUAACCUGUUUUGGGAACGCUCUUCCUCUUUUAAGAACGAUGGUAUUCAUUUUAACAAGCUGGGUAGCCGCCUGCUAGCGGCUAAUUUACAGCAUGCUGUACACUCUUGUCCACAUGACUGACUAUUUACUUUCCACACACACACACACACGCCCCUUCUUCUUCUACGCUGCCACCUCUGAGCACAGUUUCCCGUGAUUGCUCCCCCUCCUGGCCUUCCCUGUCAUCAACCCCUUCAGCUGCAGCUCUCCCCAUUCAGACUAUUGUGACAGAGAGGCUGCCCCGUUCACACCGCAUUCACAAAGCCAUAAACAAAAACAACCUCAGCUACAUCCCUCCCAGUGAUGUUCAUAUCGGCUCCCAGCACAAGUUCAUCAUCUACAACCCCACUUCUGUCAAUUCCAUCCCGUCUCUGUGGACUCAGCAUCGGCGUACCACCACUCCCUCAUUACGUCAUCAUAACAAACAGCACGUGAAUGGAGCCAACCUCAGAACCCUCCCCAAAAUCUCACAACCAACCACAAAACACUCCAUGAAGCUUGCUCUGUUCAACACUCGGUCACUAAGCAACAAAGGCCCAAUCAUCAAUGAAUUCAUCACUGACAACAACCUUGAUAUCCUCUGUCUCACUGAAACUUGGCAAAAACACCUGGGUUACUACGCACUCAAUCAAACGACCCCAACUGGAUAUCAUUACCUGGAUAAACCACGCCCUGAUGGCCGCGGUGGAGGAAUUGCCCCUCUUCACCGCCAACAUAUCAAGACCAGACUGACUAACAUCGACAGUCCACCCUCAUUUGAACAGCUCACAUUCAAACUCUCUGGUCCUAAACCCCUGGUCAUUGCAAUUAUCUACCGCCCCCCCAAAUCCAACCCUGCCUUCCUCUCUGACCUAUCAGAAUUCCUCACCCAGCUCUGCUCCGUCUCACCUUCCAUCCUGUUGCUUGGUGAUUUCAACAUCCACAUCGACUCCUCAGACUGUAAAACUGCCACCAAAUUUCUGGACCUGCUUAAAUGCUUCAACUUCACUCAACACAUCGACUUCCCCACCCACAACCGCGGGCACAUCCUGGACCUGGUCUGCUCCACUGAAAUCACCAUCAACCACCUCUCCGGGUAUGACCUCACCAUCUCCGACGAUCUAGCCAUCAUCAUGGAGAUCGACAUCCCAAUCCCAGAACCCAAACUCACGCGCACCGUCACUCUCCGAAAUAUCAAGUUUGUCUGCCCCUCAUCCCUGUCAGCCUGUCUCACUGAAAAAUUCUCCACACUCUCCCCCUCCCUUAGCCCCUCCCCCUCAGAGAAAUGCAACUCCUUUCUGACGUUCUACAAAGCUAAAAAUCGACACCAUCUACAACCAAUUGGCCACUUUCAGCCCCGCUUUGUCCAACCCUGUAUCUGCAAAUCCUCCACUAACUGA